CAUAUACUUCAGAAGUGGCCCGUUUUGUAACCGAAACUUCAACCAUACAAACGAAGAAGACGAUGAGAACGGGGGAAAAUCGAAUCACAACAAUUAGGGUUCAUCGUUUGGCGAUCGAUCAGUGAAGCUUGCGAUCCUUUAUUUCCAAUUUCACCAUGGCGGAUGUAGAAGUUGUUGAUCCGAAAAAGUGCCUCGAGGAAUCUUGCAAACCAAAAUGUGUGAAGCCACUACUUGAAUAUCAGGCGUGUGUGAAGAGGAUCCAAGAUGAUGAGAGUGGCCACAAACAUUGCACUGGGCAGUAUUUUGAUUACUGGCAAUGUGUUGACAAAUGUGUCGGACCUAAGCUGUUUGCGGAACUAAAAUGAUGGGAGAGGAAGUUGGCGUAUUGAGUCUCUGUCUUGUAUUUUUUUUUUCUUUCUCGAGGGUUUAUAUAAAAUGCAGUGGAUACUGAACAUUACUGCAAACCAGAUUGCAACUGGUUCCUUCUUGGUUUUGUUUCUCUGGCAAAGCUGCGAAUCAUUUUAUCUGUUGGAAGGAAGCCUUUUUUGAGUUUGUGAUACUUCAUUAAUGCCUAAUAAAUGAAAAUAAGAAUGCGAUACAUUUCUGUA